UUGAAGCGUCUUUUGGCCGUGGAUAAUGAAUAUGUUUAUUAUGGUUUUCACGUGUCUUAUACUACUAUGUUAAUAUUAUAACCUGCAUCCAGUUUUGAAUAAUCUGUGGUAGUCUCUGCGAGAUUUAUAAAAUACUCACAUUUGUAUGGUUAGAUAAUCUUUUAAGAACUCUGCGGCGCACAAUGGCACAAAUCGGGAACGUGACAGCAGAUCAACUCCUUGCUGGCUCCAGCGUUCUGUCAAGACCCGCUGACGAAUUUGGCAAUGAGCCAUCUUUGGAGGCAGUGUGGGCGAUAAAAGCUAUGGAUCAUGCAGAGGUUUAUUUUAAUAUUUUGUGUUCAGUUGAUCCAAAGCUUCUGAGACUUACACCUCAUGAUGAACAGAUCUACAAGGCAUUCAAAGAUACUUUCCCUAAUAUGAAGGUGGACAAAAUAGAUGAAAAUGAACUAAAAUCUCCAGAAGGGAAGGCAAAAUGGAGACCCUUCUGCGAACAGUUUAAGGAUAUUGUAGAGGAUUAUAGUUUUGGAACAUUAUUGAGAGCAGACUGUACUGGAGAUUACUCAGAAGAGAAUAGCAUAUUAACAACUAGGAUACAAUUUUACGCUAUAGAGCUUGCAAGGAAUAGAGAGGGCUUCAAUGAUGGUGUACGAGAAAAGUAUAAACCAGAGAGAACUGCGAAAAAAUAAUCCUAUUUGAUGCCCAUAGUUGGGUUAGUACUGACGAAAUAAAUUCUCAAAUAUAUAAAUUUUGAUUAUUCUUUUUUUACAAACAGACAAAAGAGACAUA